AUGAUCCGUACUAUAUUGUUUGCAUGUCUUGAUUUUCUUAAUACAAAAAUAUCAAAUGAAAAAACAACAGAAUGUCUCAAAGACCCAAAGGUGAGAAGAAAGGCAGUAAUGAAAAGUGUGAGGUUUAUGGAUUCAGAACGAGAUGCUCUUUUGGAAAAAGAGUUGAUGAAAGGAAGAAGAAGCUGCAACAACAGUGAUUGUAUUGAUGAAUUUGGAGAAAGAGAAAAGAUGAAUGUUAGAGUGAAGGUAAAGAUGACAAAGGAAGAAGCUGCUAAGUUUCUGUCAAAAUUUAAAUGCAAGGAAGGAGGGGUUCUUCCAUUGAAGGAUGUUGCUCCUCAGCUUAUGGCUCUUCCACUCCACAGAUUUACCAUUCUUCCACUUGAACCAAUGAUAUAG